AUGGUAUACGACUCUCGCUUAGAAUUUGCUGUUAAAUUGGGCGGUGGAAUUUUGGUUUCUUACUUGGCAUAUAAAUUAUUAUUACGCCACCGUAGGCAUGAUCCUUUUUGUGAUCAAUUUCUCGCAAGUUACGAUUACAUUAUUAUAGGGGGCGGAACAGCCGGUUGUAUACUUGCUAAUCGAUUGACUGAAGAUCCUAAUGUAACCGUUUUAUUACUGGAAGCUGGAGGAAAAUAUGAUCACUUUCUAGCGAAAGUGCCUGCUGCAUCCCCUCUUCUGCAAGCAGAUUCUGCAAUUAAUUGGUGCUACAAGUCAUUGCCCCAGCAAAAUUCAUGUCUAGCUUGUACCGAUAAUAUGCUUUUAUGGCCUCGAGGAAAGAUUUUGGGAGGAAGUAGUUCAAUUAAUUCCUUAAUUUAUAUGAGAGGCUGCAAGGCAGAUUAUGAUCUGUGGCAGCAGAUAGGUGCUGAAGGAUGGAGUUACGACGAUGUCCUACCAUAUUUUAAGAAAUUUGAAAAUAACACAAGACCUGAAUUUCAAAACGAUUCACAACACGGGAUUGGAGGGCCAAUUACAAUCAGUGAUCCUGAUAUUACUGCACCUUAUACAGAGGCAUUUAUUAAAGCAGGUGAAGAAGCAGGAUUUCCUAGGUGUGAUAUCAAUGGCGGUAUCAAGACUGGAUUUGAUUAUGGUCAAGUAUUUGUUGGCAAUGGAGUAAGACAAAGCACUGCUGAAUCUUAUUUGACUCAGGACGUAAUGAACAGAAAAAAUCUCCACAUCGGUGUAUUUUGUCACGUCAGCAAGGUGAUUUUCAAUGAGAAGCGAGCUGCUGGAGUUCAAUUUAUUAAACAAGGAAAAACGCUUACGAUUUACUGCAAUGAAGAAGUUUUAGUCUGUGGAGGGACAGUUGGAUCACCACAAACAUUACUUCUUUCUGGUGUCGGCCCGAAAGAGGACUUAGAGAAAUUAAAUAUUCCUGUCAUUUCUGAUCUACCAGUUGGACGUAAUCUACAGAAUCAUUGUGGAUUAAUGAUCUCGGCAAUAUUAAAUGAUGAAUUUCGAAGCUAUAGUUACACAGAAGCAUCAAUUUCUAUCAUGAGUGUGCUAAAGUACCUCAUUUCUAAAAAGGGGAAAUUAGCUUCUCCAGGUUACGAAGCAUCAGGGUUAAUUACCGUUGGUGAAGAAUCGAGUGAAUCGUCAGGUGCUGAUGUUCUUAUCCAUCUUGAAUCCUUUGGAGCAGAUCAACCAGUGAUUUAUAAAACUUUUUCUAUUGAUAAAAAAAGAUUUCCAUCUUUAUAUGCGGAUGAGGCAGCAAAUUCUGAUAAUUGCGGGUUUUUCUUGGUUCCGAUUCUAUGUCGUCCUCUUAGCAUAGGAUGGAUCAAGUUGAAAUCGACAAAUCCACUAGAUCACCCUGAAAUACAACCAAAUUAUUUUCAGCACCCUCAAGAUAUACGAAAUCUGGCGAAGGGGGCUCAGUUUUGUCAUAACUUAUUACAAAGUAAACACUUCAAGCCCUAUGUUAAAGGAAUACGUCGCUAUAAUGUUGAUUGCCCUCAUACAUAUAACUCUCUUGAAUAUUGGGAAUACGUCUUGAAACACUUCGCCUACGAUGGAUACCAUCCUGUUGGCACUUGCAAGAUGGGAGCUUUGAAUGAUGAUUCUGCAGUGGUAGAUCCAAACUUAAGAAUUCGUGGAUUGAAAGGAAUUCGAGUUAUUGAUGCAUCUAUCAUGCCCGUAGUAGUUUCUUGCAACCUUUAUGCGCCGGUUGCUAUGAUUGCUGAAAAAGCUGCUGAUCUUAUUAAGAAGGACAGGUUUUAG